AUGAGCGGCCCCCUGGAGGAGAGGGAGCUGCAGGAGAGGCUGCGGGAAGCGGCCGCUCUGGGGGACCUGGAGGAGGUUCGGCGCCUGCUGCAGAGCGGGGCGGACGUCAACUCCCCCAAUGAGAUCAACGGCUGGACUUGUUUGCACUGGGCAUGCAAACGGAAUCAUGCUGAAGUGGUCUCUUGCCUGAUUGAUGCUGGUGCUGAUAAGGAGAUUCUCACAGCUAAAGGAGAACUGGCAGCCCAGUUAACAUCAAAGAAAGAUAUCAGGAAGAUUAUGGGAGUAGAGGAAAAUGAAUUUAAAGAAGUGGAAGACUUAAAUUUGCCAAUUGUUGCAAACUAUUUGGCCAAUCCACCCUUCCCUUAUGUUUACACUAAAGAAAGCAACAGCAUUCCAUCCAUCUCAACAGCAUUCCAGAAUGAAAGCACUUCCGUCUCUUUUGUUUCUCUGUGUGAAACUAGUUCUUGUUCAUCAGCAACUCAGGUCGAAAGCACAUGCACACCCACGUCAUCACACAGCGAAGAUGAUUUUCCUGUGGUACACUCUAAGGAAGGCCAGCCCACCCCAUCAGCAGCCAUCAUGGUGCCAGAAUAUCCAAAACCUAGAGUCCAGAAUGGCUCCAUUUGUCAGCCAUCCAUGUCUCAUAAUAGAGGCCUCUUUUCUCCAGUAGCAUCUAAACAGCCUGUACCUCAGCAACAGAAUGGCUCUCAUACUGGGGCUGCACCGACAUUUCAGCCACUUUUCUUCACCGGAACUUUUCCAUAUAAUAUGCAAGAAUUGGUGCUUAAGGUAAGAAUUCAGAACCUUAGGGAAAAUGACUUCAUUGAGAUUGAAUUAGACAGACAAGAACUGACCUAUCAGGAUCUACUCAGAGUCAGUUGCUGUGAAUUGGGUGUUAAUCAAGAACAAGUGGAGAAGAUUAGAAAGUUACCGAAUACGUUGGUCAGAAAGGACAAAGAUGUUGCAAGACUUCAGGAUUUUCAAGAACUGGAGCUGGUUCUAAUGAAAAGUGACAACUCUCCUUUUAGAAAUGCUGCAUCAACACUGACGGAGAGGUCUUGCUACAAUAGUAAAGCAUCAAAGCUGACUUACUGAACUUUCUAGAAUGUGAGAAUUAUAUGCUGCUGUCUUCUGAAGCAGUGGAUUAAUUGUGUGUGAAACCUUAAGUUAUUGUUAGGGUUAAUAUUUUAACUAAUAAUAGUAUAUCUUUGAUAUUUACUAUCCCCUUUGCUUUUUUUUAACUUAAUAUUGUA